AUGGCAAAUAUAGUUCUGAAGGAAGGGAGUAGACCACCUUGGGUGGGCUUGGCAGCAGCAGUAUGGGUUUUGAUAGCAGCUGGGAAUGCCUACAACUUCCCACUCUACUCUGCUUCACUGAAAUCAGUGUUGGGUUUUAGCCAGCAGCAAAUAACAAUCUUGGGUGUGGCUAAUGAUAUUGGAGAGAGUGUGGGUUUGCUCCCUGGCAUUGCCUGCAACAAGUUCCCUCCUUGGGCUCUGCUUUCUGUUGGUGUUGUUUUUUGUUUCUUGGGCUAUGGUGUUCUCUGGCUUGCUAUUGCUCAGGCUGUUGCUGGCUUGCCCUAUUGGCUGAUAUGGGUUGCACUUGUUGUUGCCACUAAUAGCACUACAUGGUUUGGCACAGCUGUGCUUGUAACCAACAUGAGAAACUUCCCUUUCAGUAGAGGCACUGUUUCAGGAAUUCUCAAAGGUUAUGGUGGGAUCGCAGCUGCAGUAUAUACAGUGAUAUACAAACUGGUGCUUAAAGAUUCAGAUUCAAAGCUUCUCAUACUUCUUACACUCGGCAUUCCCAUUUUAUGUUUAGCAAUGAUGUACUUUAUCCGGCCCUGUACUCCAGCUUCUGGAGAAGACUCUUCAGAACAUGUUCAUUUUGUUUUCAGUCAAGUUGCAAGUGUUUUGCUCGCCCUUUAUCUUCUCGUAAUCACAAUAAUAAGUGAUGUUGUUUCUCUAAGCGAUACUGUUGCAUACAUUUUAGUUUCAAUAAUGAUUAUUAUUCUGAUGUCUCCUCUCGCAAUUCCAGUCAAAAUGACCCUUUUCCCUGCAAAACCUAGGAGACGUGGCCCACCAACUGAUUCUUCAGAUCAUUUGGUUCAAAAGGAAGGUGAAUCAACUCUAACAGAUUCUUUGUUGACACCAUCUUCUUCAGCUAAUUAUCUUGAUAGUUUUUAUGAGAAUGAGGAUGCUUUGGAUGCGGACAUACUUCUUGCUGUGGGUGAGGGAGCAGUGAAGAAGAAAAGGAGGCCCAGGAGAGGUGAUGAUUUUAAAUUUCGUGAGGCUCUUAUCAAGGCUGAUUUCUGGCUUCUUUGGGUUGUAAACUUUCUUGGUGUUGGUGCUGGAAUUACUGUUCUCAAUAAUUUGGCUCAAAUUGGUUCUGCAUUUGGACUUGAAGACACGACACUAUUGCUUACUCUCUUCAGCUUUUGCAAUUUUCUCGGCCGUCUUGGCUCGGGCACCAUUUCAGAACACUUUGUAAGGUCAAAAAUGAUUCCUCGAACCUUGUGGAUGACAUUUGCACUAAUGGUCAUGCUCAUAACCUUCAUUCUUUUUGCAUGGGUUCCUAUUGGAAUUCUUUAUGCCGCAAUUCCUCUGCUUGGCAUCUGCUACGGGAUCCUGUAUGCUAUAAUGGUGCCAACUGUUUCCGAGCUUUUUGGCUUGAAACAUUUUGGUUUAAUUUACAGCUUCAUGGGGCUAGGCAAUCCUAUUGGUGCACUUCUUUUCUCAGGUAUGCUUGCUGGUUAUGAAUAUGAUGAAGAAGCUGCUAAGCAAGGUAGCUCUACUUGUGUCGGCCUCAAUUGCUUCAAGGUGACAUUCCUGUUUCUAGCUGGCAUCUGUGGGUUGGGAUCGAUCUUGAGCAUAAUUUUGACAGUUAGACUUCGGCCAGUUUACCAACUGCUCUAUUCGGGGGUUCUUUUCGGCUGCCUCAAACCUCUGGCCAUUGACCAGUGGAGAUUAUUAGUGUCAUCGAACAAAGUCAAGACAUGCCUGUUUUGCAGAGGUAUGCUUCAUUAUAGUAGCACUCCAGACAGUGGUUUCCGUUACCAUGCCUAUAUCUUGCUAGAUGCUGCAAACUACUAA